CAUAUGCUCCAUAAUUUUAGAACUUCAAGUAGUUCCUGCAAUCUUAGCGUAUUUCAGGGUCUCUUGCUUAUUUCGAAUGGCAUAUAAUUAACUAAUAAUACUGCUCAGCAGGAGGAAAGUGCAUAUUUCAUGGUAAUGCGGAGUUCUAAUAUAAGCAACAUCUUUGUUGCUUUCGAUUACCAAUUUAUUAAAAAAAAAUUGAGUAAUAUCAAGAGCGCUUCAAACUAGUUGCGGUCAAGUCAUACAGAAUAAUGACAUUGAACGUUUUUUAGUGAGACCCUGCCAUCAAAAUAUAUUGUUUCUCGUAUUUUUUUUACAUGACUAUUAUAUACUGUAUGACGUCAUAAGGAAUUGUGAGGGCGUCAUUUGAGGAGAUUUACAGAAGAUCCAAACCAGGGUUUUGAGGCUGGUUGAUCAACUGUAUCAUUCCCCAUAAUACUAACAAGGGUCUUGAUGCACAGUUACAUGACACCUCCAUAUUGAUGUGCACCUCUGAUGCAAAAGCAGCUAUUUGGUAUGGUCAGAGCGGCAAUGGCUGUGCAGCAGUUUUGCCUUCGAUGGAAUAAUCACCAGCCAAAUUUUAUCUCGGUUUUCACACAUCUACUAAGCACGGAAUCUCUGGUGGAUGUGACACUAGCUGCUGAGGGCAAGCAUCUCCAGGCUCACAGAGUAGUUCUCUCUGCUUGUAGCCCAUACUUUCAGAUGCUGUUUACAAUGAAUCCAUGCCAGCAUCCAAUUGUUAUUCUGAAAGAUGUUAAAUAUGAUGACUUGAAAAUAAUGGUAGAUUUUAUGUACUAUGGUGAAGUUAACAUCUCGCAUGAACAGUUGCCAGCAAUUUUGAAGACUGCAGAACUAUUGAAAGUCAAAGGCUUGGCAGAGAACUCGGAUCCAGGCUUGACCAAGCAGGCAAGUGGCUCAUCUGACCGUGCAGAGUUGUUGGCACCCGGAGAUUCUGCCUGGGACAGUGCAAGUCGCCGCAGCCCGUCGCCUUUAUCAAUUGCAGCCAAGCGGAAAAGGCUGCGAAAGUCAUCUACAGGUUCAGGGUCUGGCUCCACAGAACGGGGUACCUCUGAGGAACUCCUGACUGGUGAAGUGACUUUAGUUCCUUCUCCAGCACUUGUAAAAACUGAAAGUUCUGGCUUCCCAGUGGUGCAGUCAAGUGGAGGAGGCAGCACAGACGCAGAUAGUGGUGGCACAGGGCGCAGUGCUGAUAGCUCCCUACGCACUGGAGGGCAAGAACCUAGCACUGACUCGGAGCCGCGGAAUGGAUCCCAUGAUAGCACUGAUGAUGAUCCAUUAUCCAUUCAUAUACCACCAGAAAGUGAAGGCAGCAAUCCUAAGGUGGAAUCAAAUGUGUCAGAGUACACUCAAAGUGAAACUCAAAGCCAGCAGUCUCAUCAAAUGCACAUCUCUCCACAAGGAAAACCACCAUCAGCAAAACGUAAUAGGUGGCUGGUGCGACAGCCGCGUGUCAAGAAAGAGGGUGAUGCAGGUCAGGAGGAAGUUGAGCUUACUGCUCCUGCAGCUUUAUCACCAACUGUGCCCAGCCCUUCACCCCAAGUAACAGAGAUGCAAACCACAGUUGUGACACCAACCACCACUGUUCAGCCUCAGCAUUCACCGCCUCAGCAGCUGCUCCUUGCGGUUCCGCACCGUGUCGAACGGCAGAGCUCAGAACCUGGGCCUAGUCGCAGUUGCCAGCUUCUGACAGUGCCACAGACACCAACCUACCUGGUGAAGCAGCAUUCUGACCCACAGAUACAGAGUGUAGUUUCCACUCAUACGCCCCUGCUGACAAUUCAGCGUCAACUCUCGCAGCAGCAUCAGCAGCAACACCACUUGCAGCAGCAUCAACAACAACCACAGCAGCAGCAGCAGCAGCAGCAACAACAACAACAACAACAGCUGCCAGUUCUGCAGCAGCAGCUUCCACCACCUCCUUUCCACGUGCAGCUCGUAACUGCACCAACGCAGGAAUCACCAGCACGAGCACCAUCUCCCUCAGUGGUGGUAAUGGGAGGUCCAGCAACACAUCAGCCUUCAUCUAUGUCUGUGGAGCAUCCUGCUGCAAGUACAGCCGCCACCUCUGCCCCAUUAUCACAUCAGGCCACACCCCACCAGGAUGCUAAGAAUGCACCUACAGGACUGCGAGUCCGCACUGAUGAAUUGCGCAGAGCAUCCUCAUCACCACAGGAGACAACGUACGAGUGCCCACUGCGAUCGAACCACUGCCCUGCCCUGAGGCCUGGCCCUGCACUGGGUUGCAACUAUUGCUGGAACACAAUCGACAGCCAUGGCCGCAUUCUCCGGCGUAAGACUAAAUAUUAUUGCCCUGAGUGCCAAACCAAUCUCUGCAUUGUUCCCUGUUUUCAGGCAUAUCAUGAACGUGCGACAGCUCCACCUGGCAGCAAGAUUUUGCCUAAGACUGGUUCCAUAUAGUGAAUAAUGUCACUCCAUUAGGAUAAAUAAAUUCUUUCAGCUGUCUGCCAUUCAGAAAGUGCACAGAGACAAUAUUUUUCAUUGUUAGAGAGUCAGUUCUGUCAAAACAGAGAAUUUUGGCUUGUUUAACUUGGAGGGACAAAUUGGAUCAUUUAAAAGAGUUCCACACACACACAUUAAUUGUGCAUGAUCAAAAUGAACUGUGUUGAACUUGUUAGGUACGUUGUAUUCUCUUACAUUAACAUGGUCAGUGGAUUUAUGUGACUGCUGAAUUUUCUUUCAGAACUUAUAACUUGACCAUAUUUUUUGUGUUUCAUUUUCACAUUACAUAUUACAUGCAAUGAACUCAUUCGAUGCACAUUUCACAGUAAAUAGAAUUUUGUGAAGCAAGUAAUAAAGGGGUUCUACAUUAAAUUAAUUAUUAUCUCGAACAGAUUAACUAUUUACAAAAAUAAAAAUAGGAAAUCCAAUCGGUACUACAGAAACAUCAUCCUGUUUAUAUUUUCCUUUAGUCUUUCUGGGUUGAGUUUCAUUGAAAUUUGUCAAUGCUUAGGCCCAAAAUCCCUAGCUGUGAUGACGCCCUAAUAUUCCCAACUGCCAUAUGAUCUGGAAGUGAUGUCGAAGUUAUAAGCUGUUUCAUUAAAGAAUAACCCAAAUAAAUUUACAAGCAUAUUGAAUACAAGGAAGAAGUUUGUUUUUGGUCACUCACUUGGAAUACUGGAAGGUAUUUUGUAAUCAAUAAGCUUAGUGGAAUAUGGUUCCAAACUGAAUGGCCUGUUGAUUCUAAAAGAAUUCUCCUGUCAUAUUCCCAGCUGACACACUUACGAUGCUACAAACUGCAAACAGAAAUAUGUACAAUUCCUAUUCUUAGUGGCUUCAAAUAGAAGGAUGUGCCCUUGGCUGACAGCAGCAUAAAGUAGUGUAGUGGUGAACCUUGACGUUUCAAAUUUAAAAGAAAGAUGAAAGGAAUAAUGAAAAUAGAGAAAAGGAUUAAAUAUACUGAGAGAAAAGUUAUUCAUAACCACAUUAGAGGGUAACAUAUAAGGUUUGCAGUAGAACAGUUACCUUGAUAACUUUUUUUCUGUUAUUGCUGUGAGUCUCUUCUGUUCUGUAUUUUCUGUUGUGAAGUUUUAGCUGAUGAUAUGAGGUGCCUUUGGAGAGAAGUUUAAAAAAUCUGCGUUGUUAACUAGUUAUAUACCUUUUAAUGCUGCCUUUUUUGCGGUUUUUAGCUAUGUGAUUUUUAUGGGCUCAUGUGUGGUCUAUAGUUUCAUUUUUGAUUAUAUGUUUGGAUAGUAUUUACAAUAAUGUUUCCCUUCAUCUUUGGCACAUUGAUUUGGAUUCCAAUUUUUAACAUCACUUCAGAGAAUAUUUAUAGCUUUCCACAUCUUCUGUUCUUCCAUAGAAAUUUGCCGUAUCACUUUAGAAAGCAGAUCUGUUGCAUAGUGCUGUAAUAUAAAAUUAAAUUCACACCAUGAAGCAGCAACAACUCAAAAGACCCUUACCCUUUGGCUCCAACUGUCCAAAUUUUCAUGCAGUUUAGCUUCUGUCAAUUUUAAUUCUCUCUUCUAUCUGUCAAUUUUAAUUCUCAUCCAGUUUGUUUAGUAAAUUGUAUGCUGGCAGGACAUUCGGCUUGGGCAGUAUACCAUUGUAACAUAUCACAUAUAGCUGUGUCAUGGAAUUCAUGUGCAUACUGUGUGCUGAUAUCCUUUUAAAUAUGCUAUUGACUCUACAGCUCUGCUUUCAAACAACAUCUACCAGAUGGCGAUGGAACAUUAAACUCUAAACUUUCUUCCUGUCUUUUUCAAGAAAACAUUGUAUGGUGACUUUUUGUGUUAUACUAUUUUUCUAAGGCUUGUAUGAAUAUCGACAAUAUACAAUUGCGUACCUACCCAAUCUUCUAUAUACUCUAGAUUAUCUGACAAUUUCCAAUUAAAGAGUCUGGAAGCACUAAAAAUUCAAUGUGUGCUUGUUUAUUAAAAAGAGUGUCACCUUGGAUACUAAACUUUUUAAUUAGGAGGUGCUAAUUCACUGUAUCAAUUAUGCAACUGAAUCCUUUAAGUGAAUAACUGAAUUCUUAAUGUCAGAAAAAGAGAUAUUUUACAUUUCACAGUAGAAUACUGGUUUCUUAAGAAAUGUAGAUAAUAGAUGGUAUCAUAUAUCAUUGCAAAUUAACAGGAGGACAGCAGAUAAUAUUUUGGGUGUCUGAGCUUGAAACGCUGACCCUGUAAAAAUGUGUAGAUUAUAAUUCGCUUUCAGUAGUUACAAACUAUAUGUUUUCCUUAGUUCCUGUUCCCUUGUCCUUCAUUGUCCACUUGGCAGUCAUCAACACAAUCUUUUAAGUUCACUAAUUCAGGCAGUAAUCAAGCUCAUCUCACUAGCUUCUAUAUUUUAGUAAUUUUUUUUUCCCUUGCCACACUGUUUUCUCAAUUGGCCAGAGGCUCAACAGUCACCUAUUUAUGCAUCAUGUUUAUUAUGUAAUUUUGUGCAUAAUUAUCUGUUUCACAAAAGAUACAACAUGCCUCCCUUAAAAAAAACCUCAAAUGUACAAAAUAAAAUUUCUCUGCAACUCAUUAAUGCAAUUAAUGGUAUGUUUUCUGUAUGCCAUUACAGAGUUUAUAUUUGUGAAGACUGGUAUUAUAUGUGUUUGAAGGAAUCUUACUGUUGUACUCAUAAUGCUUGAGUGCUUAAUCUAUGUUUGCAAUAUGAAGAAGGUGAAUGAAGUAUAUUUGUUGCUGUGAAAUUCACUAAAAAUUAAUUCCCUGAACUACUAUGCAGAUUAAUAUAGUGAAUUUUUUCUAACGUAUAAUUUAAUGAUCACAGGAAAUUUGUCACACUCAUCUCCAUGAAGCACUACCCCAAUAAUUCCCUUCCUUUCAGAACAUUACGUUACAUAGAUCUAUAUUUGCAGGAUUUUUUUUGUAAUACUUCAUAUCAGAAAUUAAGUGAUUUGCUGUUUGAGCUGUUGAAUGUUGUGCAGCUGAGUAUACAUUCCAAUAUUUUUCUUAGCACACAAGAAAUGAGAAAGAAUAACACUGUUUUGUGCUGAACUAUUUUUACUCCCUUUCACUCUAACCCUUAAUUUGUUAAAGUGCCUUUCUGUAGCAAUAUAACAUUCACACUGCAAAUUAUCACGGGUUCUGAGAUUUUAACAUCAAAACAAUGUUAUUUCCAUUGCUUGCAAAAGAUUUGAGGUUUUAAAAAAUUGUGAAGUUUAUCUACACUUCAGGUGUCACUUUACUCUUUAAGUUCUCCUUAGAUGAGUUAGUGUGGUUUGAUGAAAAACAAAGACACCACUCUAGUAAAGCUCAGUGUUUCUUAAAUAAACACAAGGUUGUCUUUUUCUGCUGUCAUUUCUUUCCACUGGACAUGAAGUUAGCACCUCUUCAGUGAUUGUGGUUUUCAUUUCUCAGUUUUUCUCUCUGAUUUCAAUGUUCUCUCAUGUAACAUUAUAAGCAAAGAGAGGCAAUAUAUCAAAUACAAUUCAAAAGAUGGAAUCAGUAGCUUACAUAAAAAUUCACACUUCCUUUCCACAAAAUUUAGUUCAUCUUGCCAUUUCUUUUGUGUCGUACAAUAUAAUUAUUUAGCACUAUUUCCAGCAUAUUGAUCAGAGAGGUGCAGACUAUUAAGAGCCAUAAUGUAACAUGUUAGUGGAGUUAUUUCCAAAAAGGAACAUAGGACAAAGUAGUGACAGAAAUACUAUAGAAAAAAAUAAUGUUCGUUACCUCUUACCUACUGCACAAGUUUCUUCUGGAAGCCAGUGAAGUACCUAGACUAGACCAUUCUGUAAUUCAUUGUUUAUUAAUAUUUUUACAUCCACAUUUUUCCAUUGUUCCAGUAAAAGGCAUGCAAACACACUCUUGAAGAUAUAUGAAAUAAAUUCUUGUCCUUUUCAAAUCAUCUCUAAAAUACUUGGUUUUUACUGAGACAAAGAAUGUGUUCGUAAUCAGUGCUGUUAGUGUUUGACAUGCGGAUAAGUAUGGCACCUCUGUCUACAGUCUCAUACAUAUUUCAUUUCACUCUCCCAUUGUGAUAUUUUGGUAUAUAAAUUGCAACAGUCUGUCACCAUAUAGGAAAGUCACUUGAUACAGAGCAUUCAUGACAGUUUUACUUCUUUUAACUGACAAACUAUAAAUACUAUAUGCUAGUACCUGUGGUGGAUAAGUCUUAGUUUUUACAAGAAGGGUGAUGUUGGCUACGUAAAUGUAACUUUUCAGUGCAAAACCAAUGGCAAAGAUCCAUAAUUUUGUAGACUUUUAGUGUUCAAAAUACUUCCUGUAUUAUUCAUUCAGUUACUAUUGUACAAUAAUAUGCAUUGCUGGGUUGAUAUUAAGAAUGUUGUGAUAAAGAUACAUGUAUACUGUGUACAUAUGAAGAGAAUGGUAUGAACCAUUUAAAUCUUUAUUUUCUGUAUUUCACUGUUGUGCCUCUUAACUGUCAAGAUUUUGUACAGUUGUUAUAGUCUUUGUGUCAUACAUGUUACAAACAGAAACUUUAUUUUUAAUUAUACUGUUUGCAGAUAAAUAUUAAAAGUAACUGUUACUUAUGCGCAUUAACAGCUAGUAUGCAAAAAUUUGAGAGAGAAAAUUGGUUGUAAAACUUAUUGUUUAUCUACAAAAAUAUUGCUCAAUUCUAUUUUUAUGCUAAAAUUGCUUGUAUAGACAUCAGAAAAGGUUUUGUUUUGUUUUGUUUUGUUUUGGCUUUGGGAUAGGCUGUAAUAGAAGUUGCAGUUGUGUGAUGUGAGUAAAAAGUAUACUAAAAAUUGUAGUUGGUUCAUUGUGGUAUUGUUGUCAGAGAGCUAUAGAUUAAACAAGUAAUCCCAAAAAUGUGCAAUUCUGAACGUGUAGACAGGCAGUUUAGAAACUGUGUGUAAUGCAUUUUACAAAGUUCAAAACCAUAUAUUUAGUUUUAAGGACAGUAACAAAUAUUUGUCCUUGUACCACAUGUUUGGUAUUGUUAAGAUUUCAGACUUGCGGAGAAGGUACGAGAUCUACUCUUAAUCUUAAUGUAUAAAUGCCACCGCCCGCCUCCCCCCCCCCCCCCCCCCAACACAAAAAUAAAUAAAUAAAUAAAUCCUGAGGAUUACAUUACUUUACAGGGUUAACAGUUAAAGAAUUAAGCAUAAUUGUGACAAGAUGAUCACUCAAGUUUACAUUUAACACAUUAAUGAACGGGAGAAGGGGGCAAGCAUUUUUGAGAACUUUGUAAAGGAAAAUUGAUGAAACCAAGCACACCAGAAAAGUAGGACUGCUACUAAGUCUUUAAUUAUUCUAUCCCCAGAAUGUGUAAGUGUGAUGAAGGCAGUUCAGUCAACUGACUGAAAAUUAAAAAACAUAAAUAAAACUCAGUACAUAUGGUAUACUUUUCAGAAUAAUUAAACAGUAGCACUUCUUGCCAGAGAAGCAUGCAUUUGCUCUCUUCAGUACCAAACAGUUUCCUGUGAAUUUUUCCAUUAUAGUGUAACAUCAAGAGUAAUAUUAGUAAAGUUAUGCAAAUAAUUUUUCAAAUUCUGUUAUUUGUUUUCAUGCAUCAAUGACUUUUUCCCAGACCAGGUCUAUUAUGUACUAUCUUCUAGAAGCACAUGUUGAAUUUGGGAAAAAUUGCCAGACUGUCCAUUAAUGGAAAAAGAAAAUCCUUCCAGUGGUUAUCAGCUUGUGGUGAUUGUCAAAAAAUAGUUAUUUAAUUUUCUUAAAGAAAUCUCUCUUACUCUCCAAAAACUUUUCCUCAUCUGCUGUAUGUCCAUGUUAGCCUGACUCCCUUAUUGUUUUAUUUCAGUCACAGGUCACACAAAUAGUAUCUUAACCAGUUUGGACAUUUUACAAAGUUAUUAGAUACUUGAUUUUUCUGAAAGUAAAAAAUACAGUGAUUAUGUUCCCUCCCUCUUUAGUUAGUAUGCUUAGUCUAUGUGAGCAUGUUUGUCAUUUUGCAGACUUCAGUAAAUUGUUGCACAGGCACUCUACUUUAAAUCUCACUUGCAGUGUCAAUGCAAAUUCCAUAUUUUGACAUGGAUACUAAUUAGAUCAGUUACGUAAUGAAGGUUUUUUUAAUACCUGAAACUAUAUUCAUACAACAACUUUCAAAUUAAUUGGUGAGUCACUUUAAUUCCCAACUGCUUGUGUAUUUUGUGAUCAAGGGCAAAAUGUGUUUCCAGUGAUUACUACAACUGACAUCUUCACCAUUUUCAGCAUCUCUCUCUCUCUCUCUCUCUCUUCUCUCAUGGCCUUGGCUGAUUAGUGCCUUUGGAAAAAGUCGAAACCAUGUUCCAGAACAGAACUUUAAAUAAAAUGUCCACUUUUUAUUAACAGUGUUCUAUCAGCAUACCUGUGUGACAAAUUACACUCUGCCUUAGCAAAAUCCCCUCCAUUUCAAAUUCAACAAAGACAUUCUAUACAGCAAAUUCGAACAGUGGAAACUCCAGGCUGGAAUAUCAAUAUUAGGAAAAGGAUAGUCACUGUAAGUAGCAAUCUAUACUUUUCCUAAUAUUGCACACUAUAUAGCAAACUUGGCAAAGAGGCAGGAUAUGGCAGAAAUACUUUAUCCUGAACAUGAACAGUGAUUCCAGUAUGAUACCAUUCCUCUGCAGUGAGACAUAUCUUGAAAACUUUUAUCCUAGGAGCACACAAUAGUGCUCAGUUUUAUAUUCUGAUUAAAAUAAUCUUUUGAUUGUAGUAUCACAUCAAAGCUUUGGUUAAGCUCUGAAGCACGCUGAAAAAGCUUGGUGGGUAGGACAGAGUGUCAAUUGGGCACAUAUUUGUUACCUGCAACGGUGGCUUCAUUAAUUUCCCUGUAGCCAUGUUUUAGUAUUGUAAAUUUUAAAACACUCAAUUUUUGGGAACAAUGUCCUCUAGUAUUAAAUUUGCAGAAGUCAUUACCUGUAAGAGUAAGUCACAUACUUUAAUUACAAAAUGAGUGUUUUCCCUAAGCACAAAAUUUCAUCAUUUUAUGAAGCUGACAUAUUUUAAUAAAUGUUAAAUCAUGAUGUGAGUUAGUAUUUACUAAGAAAACAUGGUUUUCCAUUCUCGUGGAAACAAGAUCCUCUGCUAAAUAUCAAUGUUUGAAUUAUAAUCCAUUGUUUGUUGAGCAAACUUGUCAUCUGAAGUACAUCUACAUGAUACAUCCACACUUGGCUACAAUGAGAGAAACAAAGCACACCCACCAGUCUCACAGGUUGCUUCUGUUUUGCAUUUAUCUGAUGUGGGAGCAAUGCUCCAUGGACAAAAUAUGUAUAUAUAUUUUUAGAUAAUGAGAAGCAGGCUCUCUCAUUCUUCACUGCAGCUGGUUUGCAGGUAUUUGUAAAUCACCUUUGGCUGUACAUACAAAAUUAUGCAGAAAGAUAACUAGAGGGAUUUUGACAUACAAAAUUGAAGUCCUCUUAAAAUAUUAUCGUUGGAAAAAUUACAGUAUUAUUGUUAUAUGGAACAUUUUGUUCUGCUGUUUAAAUACUUCUAAUAGUAGGUAAAUGAAAUAGGACGUUUAUAAUAGAAGUGUCAGAUCUGUGUAUAUUUUCUGAGAAUAUUGAAGUUAUGUUUCAUAUGGCUAUUGCUGUAAUUGGGAAGUGUAUGUCAAUUUAUUGCUACAUGUUUGACAAUGUUAACAAUUUGAAAUGUUAUUACAACACUGUGUUUCAUGGCUGCUUUGUAAUAAGCCAAGUAUCUUGGCUACACAGUUAUGUUCUAUGAAGCUCAUAUCUGAGUUCUGCAAAUCCAGUAUUAGUGCUGUCAAGAUGUGCCAUUAUGCACCCCCUUUUUUAUUUUAUAAUUGCAGUGAUUUUCAUCCACACCAGUUGGUUACAGUGGAUGCCAAAAUGUUUUAAGGAAACUUUUAUUAAGUAUUAAUGUAUUUAAAGAGAGUUGAUAUAAGAGUGAAGUAUGCCGGUGAAAGCACUUUGGUGUAGCAGAAAACUUUGAAGAAACAAUUUUAGUGUGUGUAUCAUAAUACAGCUCAUGUGAUGUAUUUAUGAUUCUUCAUACUAUUCAAUUACAUAUGGUUUAUAUCUGCGUACACAAAGUUCCGUGUGAUGGCAUGAAAAACACAUACAUUAAUUGUGGGUUUCCCAAAUGUUAAUAUUUUUGUAUGAUUAGGUUGCAUGUUUUGGAGGUCUGAAGAAAUUAUUUUCUACUUUUUCAGACCUUUUGUUAAAUGCUGUAAUAUUUGGCAACCAUACAUGAUGUUUGGCAUUUAUUUUUAUAAAAUAAAGUUAAUGUCUAUUGCAUGAUAAACAUUAUGAUUGAAUAUAUUUGUAUUUUAGUGACUGUCGUACAUUGUUUCAGUAUUAUAUCAUGAUACUGGUUACACUGUAUGUGAGACAAAGCAACGUACUUUGUCUUUAUGUUGGCGUUACUGUGUGUGUAUAAAAAAGGAACAAUGUUACACAUAUAGAAUAAGGAUUGCUUGGAAAAGGUGUGAAAUUUUGUUCAGUUCCCAGCAAAUUCAAUUCAUCAAAUGAUUGCCAAUCUUUUUGUUGCUUCUUUUGAACAUUCCUGCUUAUACUGCUCUUAGCAAAUGCAUAUUGCAUGCGUUUGAGAGGGCAAAGUGCAAACCAUAUAAAAAAAACUGCAGGCCAAUGAAGUAGAGUCCUUGUAUCAUUAGUACCCUCUGCUGUUAUGUCUACCUUGUGACAUUCUGCUCUGGAAUAACAGUCCCAAAUCUUUUGAGUAUUUUGUAUAAUAAAUAUUUAAUAACUUGUCAGAAUUUCUCCUUUAUAUUCUAGUUUACUAGAUCAAUUGAGUAAAUACAUUUCCUUUAGUAUUAUUGCAUGUUCAUGAGCUUUAACUUCACAAUUUCUCGUAAUUCUGUGAAACUGUGCAUUGUCCCCUAUUCGUACUUUUAUCGUUUGACAGAUUCUAUUUUGAGCUUCAUUCUAGAACACAAUGGCAAGCUAAUUGUUUUGUUAAUCAAACUUUUAUGACCUGUUAUAAGUGUGGUGAGUCAAAUUUUAGUUUUUUAAUUGCAGUCCCAUGGCACAGUUCACAACUUAGGAACUUGUGAACAUCUGGAGAGUGUGUUAUUUACAGAAGAUAAUUAAAUUGUUAAUUUGAUUUCAAAUACAAAUUUGCAGUAGCAUUUUUCUUUGCUGUAGUCAGAACAGAAUUACUGGACUCUAAGCAGUCAUUCAGUGAAAUUCUCUGCCUAUUUUGGCAGCCGAUUGUGCUGUAAAUCACAUGGGUAAUGAAGGAAUUAAUCAGUAACCAAAGUUUACAUCAAGUAAUAGCUAUGAAUAUAAAAAUGGGAUAAUGAAUGAACAGAAGCUUUAAUUAUUAACACCGAAUGAAUUACUGCUUUCAGAAAAAGCAACUCUUUGUUUUCUGCAGGACGUCACUAAUUCACAAUCUGCAGUUUCCUUUUGAUCAUUCUCAUUUUCAAGCCUAAAAAGUGGGGCUUGUCAUUCUAAUACUUCUCUCCUCUCUCUCUCUCUCUCUCUCUCUCUCUCUCUCUCUCUCUCUCUCUCUCUCUCUCUCUCUCUCUCUCUCAACCCCUCCUCCCCCCUCUCCCUGCAGCCCACUCUCCUAAACCAGACAAAGAAUAUUGCUGGGUUUCUGGAAUCUCAUAAUUCAGUGUGCUCCAAGAUAUAUUUCUGGUGUUGGCUUCUCUACAUUAAUCUGGGAUUUUAUGAUUACGAAAACAGUUUGAGAUUUUAUUCCCUUUUAGUACUAGAAUUUUUUUAAAAAAAAUUCUUUUGCACUUAACAAAACUUUUACCUUUUGCAGUGCUUUGCAUAUUGAGUAAUUGUAAGUUAUGUUGUGGUCCAGAUCUCAUGCUAAGUUGCAGGUGCAAGCUCAAAUAAGCAGUGUUGUAAUACAACCUCUAAAAUAACAGGACAUUGGCCUGUAAUUUUAAUUGUGAACCUACCUGUAUUUACAACAGUGAAUUGAUUUGGCAGUUAGCUGUAUACAGAUGUCCCAAAUUUUGCUUCUGCUUCAAAUAUGAGCAUUCUUCUUUAUGAUUAAUUCAAAUGUUGGACCCAUAGAUCAGUGACAUAUCAUUAUUAGAAAAUACAUAUUGUAAGAUGAAGCCGCUGUAUGAUUUAUUUUUUAAUUGUACAAACAGAUACCAUUUUCCAGUAAUUUUUUUUAUAUAGCAUAGAACAAAUGUCAAAAAUAUUUCAAUAUUUACAAAUAUUUUGACAUUUCUCUCUCUCUCUCUCUCUCUCUCUCUCUCUCUCUCUCUCUCUCUCUCUCUCUCUCUGUGUGUGUGUGUGUGUGUGUGUGUGUGUGUGUGUGUGUGUGUGUGUGUGUGUGUGUGUGUGUGUGUUUUUUUCAGAAAAAUAUUUAUUAAAAAAAGUUGCAAAACUAACAAUAAAUUAUACAGCAGCUUCACUUGCUACAAUAAACUUCUAAGAUUUAUCACAGCUGCAGAGCACAAUCAACAAAAACAUUAUUAGUAAUUUACCAUGAUACUUUGAGGACAUUCUGUGACUUUUCAUAGUUAAACUGUAAAAACCAUUUUCUUGUACUUUUUCUUAUCAUCUGGUACAAAAUAAUGGCAACUGUUAGAAGAAAAUGUUCAGGUGCUGCAAAUAUAAGUUUUAUCUUCUCCUCGAAAUUCCACCUAAGCUUCAAUGUGUGUUCUGAAAUCAAACCAUACAUUAAAAUGAAGAGGAGGAGAUUAGCGUUGAACACCCCAUUGCAAACAAGGUCAUUAAAGACUGCAUUUAUAAAUGUCGCUUACUUUUCUGUUCUCACUUAUAUCUAAAGCAAUUGUAAAGUAUAUAUAAUUUAUUAUGUUACAUAUGAUGCACGUGUCAACUUCAGUCUAACAAUGUAGCUGUAUACAGAAAAUUUUGGUGCGCAAUCCCAUCUUAAAGGCCACUUAAUAUGGGCAGCACGGCCAAAGUUUUCGGCUUGUUUGGGAACCACAAUUCACAUUUUAUGCAUACUUUCCGAACACAAUUAGGACUUGUCUGAUACUGCAUAUUUUUGUGUGUGGCUGUUCAACUUUGAACUGUGUCCUUUCACUGCAAUAAGCAUUAUCAAAAAUGUUCAAUUCAGUAUCAGUGGAUAAGAAACCUAUUACAGGUGUGUGCUUGUGCUUAAAUGUAAAUCUGUAUGGUCUGCACACUACUAAUUUGUGUAUUUAGGUAAUAUGUUCAACUAGUGGUGGCAAACUUUUCAGUAGGACCCAUAGAAGCCCACACAUCUGCAUUCGUCCCUUUUGUCACUUUAUGUGAGGCAGCAGAGGAACUCUCACCUGUUCACCCUCCAGCAGAAUGCAAGAAAAUGUAUGUAAUAAAUGGGUCAUAUGUUGCCACACAGCAAGAUACAAAGUUCAAGAUGGAUGAACAGUUACACACUAAUGUUGCAUGAAAAAUGGUUCAACAUGAAAAAUGGUUCAAGCAGUCUGCCUUUUUUUCUGUCAUAGCUUGUAUUAUUGCAGCAAUUGGAAGUACUAUUAUUUCUCUGUAAAAGAGAUGGAUGGAGUAAUUGGUAAGAGAGCAUAAAUUUAUUUGUGGAAGAUUUGUGUUUAACUUAAUUGUACCAUUAUAUAAAACUUCAUUAAUGCUUUACUUAUUUCUGAACAUUUCAUACUGUAUAUUAUCUGUACUUUACCAAGUGUCUGAAUAUGUGAAAAUGUAGCAGUUGUGACUGUGAUAACACGUAUUAUCCCAAGAUGAGGGUCUUUAUAUUUCUGUUUCUUGAGGUUUGCUUAGUGAGCUGAUCACAGCUGCUGUUCUAAAUGUUAACUGAGCACCUGAUUUUAAGUAGUACAAUUCUACAGUAUGGGAGAUAUAAUUCAAGCACUGUAACAGUUUGUGUGUGUGUACAUAUAUAUUUAUUAUAUUUCACUUCAACUGUACAGUGAUUCAACAUAUAAAACUAAUGCUACUAACAAAGAGCUGUUUUGAGUUCUUCCAACCUACUUCUUCCCUUCUCCAGACUCACUACCCUUUGUCUGUAUUUCUUCUUGAGCAGCUGGAGCCUCUCUGAAGUUUGGG